AUGUUGUUUGAAGACUUGCGGUUCAUUCAUGAGGAUUUGGAGAGGCUAGAGCAGGCCGUCACCGAUCGCGUGGCCGAGAAUCCCUCAAAUAUUCGACAACGUCUUGCCCGCGAUCAUGAAGUUGCUAAAUUCCUAGCGAGAAUCGAGGAGCAGUCCCAGCGCCUCUCGGAGAUUUAUAACGAUACGGAUAAACUGCUCGAAAAGGAAGCACAGGCAAUUUCGACCGGAGAUCAAUUCGAAGAGUUUUACAAGCAGCUGGAUGGAAUCAAGGACUUCCACAAGCGGUACCCGAACGAACCAAUUGAGAACCUCGAGCGCGUAUACAAACGACGUCAACCCGGUGAGGUAGAGGCGCCUCGCGUUGACGUGGAUACUAUGUUUACCGGCGAGGAAGCAUUUGGACAAUUCCUAGAUCUUACUAUGAUUCACGAACAAUACCUGAAUCUUCCGGGUGUGAAGCGACUGGCGUACACCCAAUACCUCGGCGUCUUCGACGUCUUCACGCCACCUACCAUGAACAUUAAACGAAAAGAUAAGGUUUCCGACAAGUACUUCCGGUACGUCGGCGAACUUGCCAGCUAUCUUGAAGGGUUCAUCAAACGGAUUCGUCCCUUGCAGGAUCUCGAUAAGUUAUUUGGGUCUUUUGACGAAGAGUUCGAGAAGCAAUGGUCUGCGAAGGAGGUCCCGGGAUGGGAGAGCGAGAAGGCAGAGAACGGUGCCACUGGCCCACAAACACAGGGAACGGGAGCCGGAAUCUGGUGUGCGGACUGUGAAAAGGAAUUCACGAACGAGAACGUCUACCGGAAUCACUUGACUGGCAAGAAGCACAUUCGGGCUGCCGAGGCGAAGAAGGCUGCUGGUGCAUCAGGCGAGCAGUCUACAGCACCCAUGAGUCUGGGAUCUUCCUUCAGCUUCAAAGAGCGAGCAGUCGCCGAGCGCGAGCACCGUAUUCGAUGCCUGUCGAAGGAGCUCGAGUCAAAUCGGAAAGCAACUCGGGACAACGUUGAACGCAGACAGGCUAUGACAGACAAGGAGCGACAAGCUGAUAACGAAGCUAUGAUGGCUGAUCCGGAGGAAUAUAUGCAGGGUGGCGAUGGAGAUCAGUCGGAUGAUGAGGAUGCGGACAGGCUUUACAAUCCCUUGAAGCUGCCGCUGGCCUGGGAUGGCAAGCCCAUUCCAUACUGGCUGUACAAGUUGCAUGGCCUCGGUACUGAAUAUCCGUGCGAAAUUUGCGGUAACUUUGUCUACAUGGGUCGUCGGGCUUUUGACAAGCAUUUCUCCGAAGCUCUGCACAUCUAUGGACUGAAGUGUUUAGGUGUCACAUCUAACACUAACCUGUUCCGUGAGAUUACUCGCAUUGAUGAUGCUGUGCGACUUUGGGAGAAACUUGAGCAAGAUCGCAAGAAGGAGCGCGAUUCCCGCGACAACGUCGUGCAGAUGGAGGAUGCUGAGGGCAAUGUCAUGCCGGAGAGGAUCUACCUUGAUCUUCAAAAACAGGGCAUUCUCUAA